CUCAUAGCUAUACACUCGCGGUAAUACGCAGCGUGUUAAAUUAAUCAGAAGCCGGCAGCCGCGUGCGGACGCAAGGACCUUCUCGAGGAACAAGCGAAGGACGAGAAGUUUGAUUUUCUCGUAUCAAGUGGAAGAUAUUUACUUGAAAAAAAUGAAACAAUUUGCACACUAUUACGUAUGUCUGGCUGUACUGGUGACGACGGUCUUUGCGAGAUCGGCCGAAAUUAAUCCCACAUCCAAUUCCAUUAAUGAACAACAGACGGCGAGAUCAAGUGGCAUUGGCGUAUUUGGAGACUUACGUUACGUUUAUCAAGUGUACAAAGAAUGUGCCGGCGUGGAACUGAGUCCUUGUCUAAAGUUAAAGCUCUUAUCAGCCAUGGAUAGAAUCUCGCGAAACGUACAAUUGAAUGUAGCCGAUGGCGUUACUCUGGUUCACGAUGAAUCAGCUGCCAAUGAAUCCGAGCCAGAAAAAUCUCUGCAAGAAAUUGAAGCCAGUUUACCGCGAGCGUUAGACGACAAGGAAGAUGCUCUUAACGGAAUGAUUUUCGACAAGAUUGUCCAAUUCUUUCAAAGUCACACUCUCAAACUUAAAUUACCAAACGUGGAGGAAUUCCAACGUAGCCUUACAGAAGAAGGUCGCAAGAAGAAGAAUAAAAUGAAUCUUCUCGCUAUUCCUCUGUUAAUUGGCGGUACAUUAGUACCUUUAGCUCUUGGCGCUCUCUCACUGUUGGCUGGCAAAGCGCUGAUAGUGAGCAAGCUUGCGCUAGUACUUGCUGCUAUCAUCGGAUUAAAGAAACUUGUGUCAGGCGGCCACGACCACGGACACGAAGUCGUUCAAGUUGGAGGAGGACACGGAUCGAGCGGAUGGGGAAGAUCUGGUCACGAUCUCGCCUAUUCCGCGUACAAACCAUCAUCAACCUCCGGAACAAUCAUCAACGUCAACAUGUACAAAUUCGUAAUCAUCGGCGCACUCUUUGCGGUAUCCACUCUCGCUGCACCGGCGUCGCAGGACGCGGCAGCAUCACCGCCGCCAACCAUCCUCGAGGAAGCCCUCGACGUGUACGCUUCUUGUGCCGGGGAAUCGAGCAUCCCGGUGUGUCUCAAGCUCAAGGCCCUUCGCUACGUCGACCGAGUCGUUCGCUCGACUGACAUCGAGAUCGUCGACGGAUUCAAGAUCGUGCAGACCGAGGAGGCUAAAAACAGCCGGGCUGACAAUGCAAGGUCACUUAAUGACAUUGAAAAUACCUUACCAGCUGAGACCGAAGCCAAAGAAGCUGCAAUCGAUCAGGCUCUCGUCGACAGAGCUGCUAAGUUUUUAUCUACACACACUGUUGAAUUGAGCUUCCCGGAAGACGUUGCCCGUUCCUUUGACGAAGCUCGUGGUAAGAAGAAGAAGAUCGUUAAAUCCCUAUUGCCCAUCCUUCUUCUCCUGAAACUUAAGGCUGCUGCCCUUAUCCCGAUUGCCCUUGGUGCUUUGGCUUUGAUCGCUGUUAAGGCUCUCAUCAUCGGCAAGAUUGCUCUCGUCAUCAGCUUGAUCAUCGCUCUGCAGAAAUUGCUCGCUUACAAGAGCCAAAGUUACGAGGUGGUCGCUCAUCCCGUCCACGAUUACGGACACGAGGUGCACCACGAUCAUCAUGGCUGGGCGAGAUCGGCGGCCGGCUCUGACCUCGCGUACAACGCGUACAAACCCGCUGAAUAGCCCAGUGUCAUGUACAACUUCACUCUACCUUCUAACUUUCUACCUUCAUUCGCCAAAGUGAUCGCCCUUAACCCGGCGAUCACAUCUGAGGGAGGCGUGGCUCAGCUUCUCAGGAAUCCGCUCGACAAGCUCAACUCGACAACACGGACACUUGUCGACGCAACAACGACUAGAUCGAACGCAAUUCUACGUUGACAGGCAAAUUACGACUGUUAAAGGACGAUUAGCAAGAUUUUUUGUGCGGACUGUAUUUUUAACCGUACGUGACUCGACGACUCGACAAUGCCCAAGCCGACAAUCGAAUAGAGACGCACGCUAUCAAUCGCCAUAGAUGAAAGUUCGACGUACAUUACGGUGAUUUUACGACGGCACUCAUCAUUUUAUCAAACAUGACGGAAGACGGCAUCCAAGAGAUUAUGAGAAUCUCGAGAUUAUAGAAAUAGUGGAACCUGACUGAAUGAUAGAAAUCACGCCUCCUCGAUCACACACUCGUGCGGUAUCCUUUCAGGGUCAUCCGUGUUUAUCGCACGCGGAAUGAACUCGUAGUCAGUACUCGCGCGGGACCACCAGAUUUAAUCCAAUGAUUAUUUAUAUAUCGAUCACCCCGUUGAGAUCAUCAUGUGUAACUUAUCAUAUUAUUUAUAAAUAAAUUGUAAUUUUUGUAUAAUAUUAAAAAA